AUGCCAUCUGGCAAUGCAGUAAUGCCAGAACCGGUGGAGAUAAGUCAUGCAACACCUGAAAUUGUGUUUGAGGUGUUUAAGAACGAACAGUUACUGAGACAAACCAAAGUAACUAAAUCAGCGUGAUGAUGGUCACCCAGUUAAUUGCUUCAUUGGGCACAAGGCAGUCGAGCAUGCACGUGUGAAAGGUAAGUGAAAUAAAUCGAACUCAAAGAGGUGUGGUUGUGAAUUCAGGUAGUCUGCUAUACCAAGUUUGACGUUUAAGGUUUUAGACUGAGAACAUUCAGUUAAACAUUACACUACAGUUUCUCUUAGGUUGUACAGGCAAUAAAUUUCAGAAUUGUCGAAAUUUCCUGGUUUCUCCAAAAAGCCAGGAAAAUGUUAUCCUAAAAUUAACUCUUGUUAAAAGGAGCAAAAGAAAUGGUCAAAACAAAUGGUAUGGCCAGAAAGGUGGUUGAAUUCCAUUAAAAGCUAGUUUCUAUUCUGUGAUGGUAAUUGAUGAUUCUGUGAUUUGAUCGAUAAGAGUACAAUAAUGCUUUCAACUUCCAUCCCCUCGCACCUUCUAUGUAUUUCCUAAUUAGUUCGGAAGUUCAGCCUGGGUUUUAUAUAAUUUUCAAUAAUUAUCUUUUUAGGACUUAAGAAUGCCAUUUGUACUACAUUCCAAGAGGCUGGUGUAAACUGGGAACAAAUCUCAUUACUUUCGGCACCGAUGGUGCUUUUGUAAACCUCGGCAAGAAAGCUGGGUUUGCUGCUCUUCUGCAAAAAGAGUAACCCUUUCUUGUGGACUUUCACUGUUUACCUCAUCGGUUUGAACUGGCUCUUUGGGAACUCCAUAAGAGCUAUAACUCGGUGGAUGAUGUUUACAGUGUGCUCCAUCUCAUCUGGAAAACAUACCACUAGAGAGUGUCCCAAAGUUCGUUCCUCUACUUUAUAAGUCUGUAUUCCAGUAUGAUUUGACUUGGUAAGCGAAUCAUUUAAACAAAAGUUGUCCUACAGUCUAAUUCACUAUUUUCACACUUGUUGUGCCGUCUUUUGACUCGAAUAUUCAAUUUGUGUACUUCCGCACCAUGCAUGAGUAUAUUUUCCGCCAAGGAGAAAACAUUAGUUGCAAUGGCGACCAUAUCAGUCGCAAUUCAUUUAAAGGAGAAUGCUCAAAGGGACCUCGCUUUUCAGUGAAAAAGUGCCCACUUUUACUUUACAAAUUAUUAUGUUACUGAACUCAAAACACUUUCUUUCGGAUUAACUAAAAUGUUCUUUUCGUACAAAUAGGCUCACAUGUUUUGGGUAUUGUUUGACAUGCCAGUUUCACCAGAUGGCGAAUACGCCAUUUGUGUCGAUACCCUAAAUUGCACUUGACCACAUUUAAUACUUGUUGCACUUUUUUUUACAUGUUAAUACAGUGUAUGUAAUCACAUUACAGAAACACGCCCAUUGAUAAACGUCGAUCGUGAAAAUGCAAGUGAGAGAAAAAGUUAACAGAGAGCAUGCGUAACUUAAUGGAGGACCGUCAUUAAAACUGUCAAUCAUGAAAUCUACAAUGCAUGUUGCAUUCUUCUUGCCCAGACGAUCAAGACGAGGUGGUAAUAAACGAAAACAAUAGAAGGCUUAUCUUAAUUACUCUUUACUGUUACAAAGUCACUCGGUUGUAACAUCCAAUUUGCGCUCUUAAUCCGCCGACUUUUUAAACUAAGUAUAAGAUUACAGGUUCCAGAGGUUUUUUCUUAUCUAAUUCCUGAAAGUUCGCGACAAAGGGUCAAAAACCACAAAAAAAUAAGCAGCAUUGUAUGAAGCCUGCGUAGCUGGUGGUAUUGGUAUUCUCUCGGUGCACGAUUUAAGUUUUGGUGGCAGAACUGUGAUUCAAAAAAGGGUGUGGGGAUGAGGAGUUUGAAAUACUGCCUUCCAGAAAACCCCAGUAUUUUGAAUAGUCUGCACACCAAGGUGGGAAGAAAACAGACUGGCUGAGGGCCAUACAUAUGUCAAUCAUGUUAGAUGAUCCUUUGCAUAUUCCCAAGGAAGCAGAUGGCGAACUGUUGAAGAAAAUAAUGGCAGACUCAGCUGCAUUAAGUAUAGAUAAAGCUCUAGAACGUCUUUAUGUGAGCAGAGAGAAGCAGAAAAUUAUUCUUAAGAGGGAGCAGGAAACGGCUAUGAAGGAGCUGCUUGCUGGACGCAAUGUUAUGGCCCUUUUGCCAACACGGUUCGGCAAAAGCUUAAUAUUCACCAGAAAAGACGUGUGUGAUUGUGGUUUCCCCUUUAAAGAGCAUAAUUGAUGACCCAAUUGCCAAAAUGGCAUCUUUAAACUUCCCAGCACUGGAAUUGUCCGGCGAAAAUUUGACAUCCAUUCUGCGUGAUCCGCCACAAUUCCUAUACUGUACAGCAGAAAAGGUCCUCCAAACACCAUUUCUUGGUGAACUGAGGAACAAACAACAUUACAUGUAUUCAUAA